UCCCUUCACGAUUGUUGCGUUCACGCGAGGCCUCUUUAUUAGGACGCGGUCGAUUAAUCUCAUUUUCAUGUCACAACAAAGAAUAAGGGCAGUGUACCAGGAAGUACAAUGAAGCACUUCCACCUGGUGGUCACACUUCUGGCCACAUUGUCAUCCAUCUCUGGCCAGAAUUUCUACGAGGAACAAGAAUACCAGUGUCCACAACACUGGAUCCGAUUUCAAGAAUCCUGUUAUCGAUUCAUAAAAAGUCCCAUCAGGGUUCGAGACGAUGCGAGGAGAAAUUGUCAGGCCUAUCAGAGCGACCUGGUGACAAUAAAUUCCCUGGAGGAGCACGGCUUCCUCCUUUAUCAGCUACAAUGGCAAGAUCCGCAGCAUCGAAAGUGGUACACCGGAGUGCGAUUACAGGGCGGUUACUGGUCGAACGAGGGCGACAACACCCAGCUCAUCAACAUGGACAACGCUUUCCUCCCCGAGCCAAAUGACGGAAUUUUCGGCCGAGAUUUUCUCGCCUAUUCCUUCAGCAACAGCUUGAAACGAUGGGGCCUGGAAAAGCUGACAGGACAUGAUGAGCUGCUCUACAUUUGCGAAGCUCCCAUUGCAGUUCUUCACAAUCUGGUGGAAGAUGAUCGCACCUAUCAAUACGGAAUUGAUAUCGACAAUCCUCUCCAGAUUCCCCGAGGCCCGUAUUUUAUCAAACAACCCAUGAGCACUGUUUUCGAUUUCUCGAAAGAGAAAGUGAACAACGACGUUUCCCUGAGUUGUCUCGCUGGUGGUUAUCCAACUCCGACUUAUGAAUGGUUCAAGGAACAAUACGAAAAUGAUCGACUCGUCGCUACCAAAAUCGAUCCUCUGUCGAAUAGUCGGUACACCUUGAGUGGUGGUUUACUGAUAAUCUACAAUCCAAAUCAGACCCUGGAUCGAGGAUCGUAUCAUUGUCGGGCAACGAACGACUUUGGCUCGAUUAGAUCUGAGAGUGUGGAUCUUGCUUUUGGAUAUAUAAUGGAAUUUAACUUGAAACGACCAGAUGAACGGGGCGAUCAGAAUUGGGGAAAAGCUGUUUAUUGUGAUCCACCGCAGCAUUAUCCGGGCGUGAAGUACUACUGGGCUCGAGACUAUUUCCCGAAUUUUGUUGAGGAAGAUAAGAGGGUUUUUGUGUCUUAUGAUGGGGCCUUGUACUUUUCGGCUCUGGAGCCGAUUGAUCGUGGAAAGUAUUCUUGCAAUGUGCAGAGCACUGCUUCGGAUAAUGGACGAAACGGACCUUUCUUCCCGCUGAAAAUCGAUCCUCACUCAUCUUUCCAGCAACUGAAAUUCCCGAAUAAUUUCCCGAAGGCUUUCCCUGAAGCUCCGAUUGCAGGCGAAGAAGUCAGGCUGGAGUGUAUUGCUUUUGGAUAUCCCGUACCUUCAUAUAACUGGACAAGAAGGGGCGCCGAUUUACCUCGAGGAUCUUACUCGACAAAUUAUAAUCGAGUGCUGAUAAUUCCACACGUGAAUGUCGAAGAUCAGGGAGAAUAUGUUUGUCGAGCGACGAACGAACGACUUUCAAUAGACAAUUCCGUGCUUUUGUCGAUACAAGCCGCCCCGAAUUUUACGAUACCUCUCACUGACAAGCAUGUCGACUAUCAAGGAGAUUUGACCUGGACCUGUGAAGCUUUCGGAAUUCCCGAUGUUUCGUACAAGUGGCUUCGAAAUGGCGAAGUGCUAAACGAAUACAAUUUGCCACCAGAGGAUAGGGAUCGAUAUUUCAUUCAAGAUAAUGUGAUGAAGAUCCUUAGAGUCGAUCCGGAGAAAGAUCAGGCGAUGUACCAAUGUGGAGCCACGAACCAACUGAAGACUAAAUACUCUUCUGCUCAGUUGAGAGUUUUGUCUUUGAAACCAUCUUUCAAGAAACGACCUUUAGAAUCGGAGAGUUACGCAUCUGAAGGAGGAAAUAUGACCAUUGUCUGUAAUCCGGAAGCAGCCCCGAGACCGAAGUUCGUCUGGAAGAAAGACGGAAAUAUUAUUGGAGCUGGAGGAAGACGAAGAAUUCUCCAAACCGGAAAUUUGAUAAUCAGUCCAGUUUCUCGAGAUGACGAGGGAAUGUACUCGUGCACUGCUUCCAAUCAAUACGGAACUGAUGAGACUAGAGGAAGAUUGAUAGUUUUGCGUGGACCCAGAUUUACAGAGAUGUUGCCACCUCGGAUAGUGACAGCGGUUGGUUGGAAUCAAACCUUGCGUUGUCAUGCAGACACCGACGAAAUGUUGGAUGUCGCGUACAUUUGGAUGCACAAUAGGAUGCGUAUCAGGGACAAAGAUUUGAUAAGCAACAGACAUAUAAUGGUGGAAGGAGGAAUCCUAGAAAUCAUCAAUGCGACGAUGGCUGAGGCUGGAGAAUAUGAGUGUAUUGUUAAAAGCGCUGUGAGCCGAAUUUCAAGCAGAACGAUCGUUUAUAUAGAAGGACCUCCGGGGCCUCCUGGAGGCGUUCAGGUUGUCACGAUUGCCAAAUCCACGGUGACUCUGCGCUGGACGGAUGGAGCAUUCAAUGGAAAGGAGAUUUUAAUGUACACUGUGAGCGCUCGGACCAAUUGGAACAACACCUGGUUUAAUAUCAGCGAACAUAUUAAAGCAAGCGUCGUGGACAGAUACAACGGGCGUAAGGAAGCAAUUCUCGAAAACGUAUUGAGUCCCUUCACCACCUACGAGUUCCGCGUAUCCGCUUACAACGAAUUAGGCUACGGUCCGCCAUCAGCUCCAACUCCACAAUACAGCACUCCAUCCGACAAACCCUUCAAACUUCCCACCAACAUUGGAGGCGGCGGUGGCAAAAUCGGCGACCUCACAAUCAAAUGGGAUCCUCUACCGCCUGCCGAUCAAAAUGGUCCCGGAAUCUAUUACAAGGUCUUCUGGCGGCGAAAGUUCCACGACACCGAAUUCCAAUCGCUCGAUCUGAAACAGUACGGAAAUACCGGAAUCACGGUCGUUCAAGUGCCUCAAGCCAACUACUACACCGAGUACGAAGUGAAGGUCCAAGUUGCCAAUGAAAUAGGCUUCGGUCCAAUUUCCGAACCCGUGACAAUAUUCAGCGCCGAAGAUAUGCCCCAGGUCGCGCCACAGCAGGUCUUUGCUCGCAGCCACAACAGCACUGCCCUCAAUGUCAGCUGGACACCAAUUGAGCAGACUCGCGAGAGAGUCCGCGGAAAGCUGAUCGGUCACAGGAUCAAGUACUGGCUGGAGAACAAGCCCGAGGAGACGGCCACCUAUUAUCUCUCGCGCACAACCAAACCCACGUCUCUCGUUGUUGGUCUGAAGCCCGACACCUACUAUUACGUCAAGGUGAUGGCUUACAAUUCGGCGGGAGAAGGCCCGGAGAGUGAGCGAUUUUUGGAAAGAACUUGGCGAAAGGCGCCGCAGAAACCUCCGUCGGCGGUUCAUGUUCACGAGGUCAAUCCGUCGACGGUACGUGUCACUUGGCGUUAUGUUCAGCCGAGUCUGGAUGAAGAGCCGCUGAUUGGUUAUAAGGUGCGAGUUUGGGAGGUUGAUCAGGACAUGAGUAGAGCCAAUGAUACGCUGAUUCCAACUGGCAGUGAUCUAGAGGCUUAUAUUGAUAAAUUGAGUCCUGGCAAGGCCUAUAAUUUGCGUGUACUUGCCUACAGUUUGGGAGGUGAUGGACGAAUGUCGAGUCCGACACACACUUUUCAGAUGGGAGAUUCGGAAUUGUUUAGAAGCACUGCGGCGAACAAAAUGCUCAAUAGUGCUCUCACUCUCUCAUGUCUCUUUCUUCUGCAUUUUUUUCAGUUUCGAUAAGUUGAGGUAGGACUGAGUUUU